GCAGCCAACUUCCAAAUUCAAGACGAUCUCUCUGCUCUCUCUGAUGAAGGCAAGGACUGAGAGGAUGGAUAAUCUAAACCCUAACGGUCUCUUGGGAAGGCUUUCCUCAAUGAUGAUUGUCGGAGUCGCGCCAUUCCUUCCCGAAGACGUCAUUAGAAACAUUCUCAAACGCCUCUCUGUGAAAUCUCUAAUCCGAUUUCAAUGUGUUUGCAGAGAUUGGAAGAAUCUCAUCAACGCCCCAUCUUUCAUCGCUGACCACCUCCAUCACUCAACUCAUCAUAACCCUUGUCUUCUUUUUCAACCGAAAUGCAAAGGACUUCACCCUUCCCAGUUAUAUUUGCUCGAUCGCCAGAUGCAAGUCCAUCAACUUCUGAACCCACCUUUGUUCGAUGCCUCGCGUUUUAAGAUCAAGGGUUCCAGCAAUGGCUUGCUCUGUGUUCAGCUCUGUGUUGAGAUCAAUACGCAAGAUACAUGUCCUCCUCCCCUUUUAUUGUGGAAUCCGGCGACAAGAGGGGUCAUAAAGUUGCCCAUGAUUAUUGAUGAUUUUUUCAGUGAAUCCGAUUCCCAUUUAGGAUUUGGGUUCAGUCCCAUUGUUAAUGAUUACAAGAUAGUGAGAACUUAUGCUGAGUAUGAGUAUGAGAUUUACAGAGUGGAAGUGUUUUCAUUGAGCACAGGGUCAUGGAAAGUAGUAGACUUUGAUUACAUGGCAGGUACACGAUUCCUAACUGACGCUAUAACUGCUAAUGGAUCUAUGUUUUGGACUGGAUUAUUGAUGGAUUGGAGAUGGUUGGGGAUGAUAUUGAUGUAAUAGUUUCAUUUGACAUAGCCUCAGAAGUGUUUGAAUUUGUACCUCUACCUGCGUUUGCCAAUAAUGCUAUUUAUCACCCAAUGGUUUGUCAGGACAAACUUGCUAUAUAUUCCCAUGCUACAAAUGCAGACACUGAUUGUAUGUUUGAUUUGUGGUUGAUGGAGGAGCGUGUAGGUGCAUCUGAUGAGGAGCGACGAAGUUGGACUAAGAUAUUCUCUAGCACCUGUUCAUCCAUAGGCUUGUUGUUUCCAUCCAUUUUUGGAGGAAUGAACUUGUCUACAACAUUUUUGAAAUACCUGGACAUGGUGAUGAAACUAAAUGUGAAGCUGAGAAUGGAGUGGUUACUUUUCUGUGUCUGUUAAAUAUCAGUACUAAUGGGUUGGAGAUGUUUACUACUACUCGCAGAUGUGGUGAUUCCAAUGCACGUAUUUUCAAUUAUGUGGAAAGCCUUGUAUCUGUUGGCAAAAUCCUCAUUGAAGAGCCUUCAUCCUAGAUUCUAUUCAUUUAAUUACAGAUCUUUGUUUAAGCACAUGUUUGGGGAAAAGAAUCCGUGACAGUAGAGAUGAUUCUGAUCAUAUAGUCCUUGCUGCCAUUUAGAGAUGUUAUCUGAAGUAAUGAAUGUAGAUAUUCAAUACCAA